ACUGGUUAACGGGCUCGUAUACCACAUUUUUCUCUGGGUUUUGUCGACCAUUGUCAUCCUUGUUGCGCGUGUAAUGGCCGUCGUUGGGUUUGUUGACGCCGCACCGUACAACUACACUUAUUAUCACGAUAAUUUAAAUGCUGAUUGAGCCCUCGGAGUCUCUGGUGUCCCUCGGUGAAUCCUAUUAUCAGGCAUUUUUCCCCCAUUUUGGCAUUACCGUAUACCUGAUUGCUCACAAUUUUUUGGGGGGGCGAUAACACUGUUUAUGAACGGAGGGAAUCGAGGCGACGUGGAGUGAGCGAAAGGGAGACACAAGCCGCGGAAACCACUGCAUCUACAUGAAUAUCAAGCCCCCCCCGACCCCGGGGAGCUCAGGAUGAAGCAAUUUUUUUUUGAAGAUCGGUUGCCAGCACCUGGGACAAUUUACCUAGACAAAUAACUUUUUUGGGUCAUGCGACGGGGUGAUUAACACCGGUGAUUAUUAUUCGGGAAUUGAUGUGGAAUCGAGAGGGCUUGGAUAGAGGUUCGAAAUAUCUUGUGAUCGUGCCAGAGUUACGACUACCGCCGCCGUCAUGGCAACUUCACGAUCAUCCGGGUGUACCAAGCCGGACCUGCACACCGUAAAAGCUUCGUAGAAGUUAUCACAUGAUCAAAGGCAGCGCAUCAAUGGCCCUAGAAUCAAAUGGUAACAACGUGGUCUGGUUGAACGCAACCCGUCCUGAUCAAAUACAGCAGCACGUCGUAAAAGACGACCCAUUACGGAUCGAAUCCACUGAGGAGCAGAGCCACCUGCAGCAGACACAGCAUCACAGAUACCAGCGCAAUCUCAUUAAGAUACCGAAUCAACAGAGUCAACAGGUCGAUCAGCCAGUAAAGUGUUCCAUGUUUACUCAAACGGAGCAAACUAAUAGUUUUACACAAACUGAACAAAGUAACUCUGGUUACGCUGAACAGCGCCAGCCCCAACAGCAAACGACAAUGUUCGAUCCUCAGCAGAUACAGCAGCCGGCCCAGGGGCAGCAAUCCCAGCAGCCGGGCCCGCAAAUGCAGUAUGUAACUGAAAAAAAAGAGGAGAAGCCCCAGCAACAAACGACAACGGCUGAAUUUCCCUUCUAUUACAAUGUCAAUAUGCUGCAGAAGGUACAAACAAAUACAGUCAGCACGAUUGGUGCUAUAACAACAGACGACAAGGGCUGCUAUCGUUUCGAUGUACAGCCGGUUGGCUACAAUACACUUUUGAAUCAAAUGAGCUUGGCAGCAGCGACAAAUGCUGCCACCUUCAAAUGCGACAUUUGUGGACUUGUGUUCGGCCACUUAAGUCUUCUUAAUCAUCACAAAAGACUUCACAAUUCAACGCCAAGUAGUUUACAACCUCAGCAAGUUGUUGUACAGGCACCGACAACUGUCACUGUUGCAACGACACCUGAGAGACCGUAUACAUGUGACGCUUGUGGCGCAUGUUUUGCAUUACCUGGAGAAUUAAAGAGUCACAAGACUAAUAUGCAUCAGAAACCUAAAAUUCAAGUGUGUGAGGAGUGCGGGAGUGAAGAUCCCUGUGAACAUCAUCCGACUAAAAUUAAAAAAAUAAUUAAGCCUGGCCAUCAUCCUGUCAAACGAAGGGGCGUGACUAGUGUAACCAAGUGCCACAAAUGCAAUGGAACGGGAAUCAUUUUCAUCGGUAAAGACGACGAAAAACUAGAUUCUGGACUGAGUUCCCUAGCGAAGUGUAGCGACUGCAAGGCAACAGGCCGCAUCAUCAUAGGAAGCGGUAAACAAAACCAGAACCAGCCGGAGAAGCCAUUUCACUGUAACGUUUGCGAUGGAACAUUUUCACGCUACUCAUCGCUCUGGUCACACAAGAGACUCCACUCUGGGGAUAAACCGUUCAAGUGCGAAGUCUGUGGUUUGGCCUUUGCGAAGGCUGCUUAUUUGAAGAAUCAUGGGCGCGUACAUACUGGCGAAAAACCGUUCAAGUGUAGCGUAUGUGGUAUGCAAUUUUCGCAGAGUCCACACUUGAAGAACCACGAGCGCAUACACUCGGGCGAGCGUCCAUAUCAAUGUGAAGUUUGUGAGAAAACGUUUGCGAGACACUCGACACUGUGGAAUCAUCGUAGAAUUCAUACUGGUGAAAAACCUUACAGGUGUAACACUUGUGGCUCGGCUUUCAAUCAGGCGACUCACUUAAAGAAUCAUGCUAAAGUGCAUACUGGUGAAAAACCGCAUAGAUGUGACAUUUGUGAAAUUGGAUUUUCGGAUCGUUUCGCUCUGAAACGUCACCGUGCAAUUCACGAAAAGUAUGGACAAACAGCGAGAAUUCAGAAUGCCAACAGUGCGAGUAAUGCACAACAGCCAAAUACGACUAAUCCCCAGCAGCAACAGCAGCAGCAACAACAGCAGCAGCAACAGCAACAACAGCAGCAGCAACAACAACAGCAGCAGCCUAACACGAGUAAUUCCCAGCAGCCACAGCAGGCCCAACAGCAGGCCCAGCCACAGCAGCAGCCCCAACCUGUUCCACCCCAGGUAGUUGUUGUCAAUGCAACGACACCAGUAACAGUCAGUCAGGGCCCGGGACAGGCAGUGAUGCUGGACGAGGUAUACAAAUGCCAAGUUACUUUUCCAGAGCCUAAAUGAUUUGACAGUUGAGAAGAGGACACAUGCCAAAUGCUGUGCUGAAUAAUUAACGAGAGAGUUUCGUAACUUUUGUCCUUCGUCACAAGGAAACAACAGUUCGGGAGAUACUAUUUUUCAUUAUUCCGUUUUUCUUUUAUUUUUCGUUACUUUUAAUCUUUCAUCAUCUCAGGAUGGUGUGUUGUAUCUGUGAAACAAGGUUCAACUUGUUUAAAUGAUAAAGAAUUUUUUUAAAAACUUGUGCCGACGAUAGACAUUUUUUAAAAUACGCUUUACACAAAUUAAUGAAAAUUAAUAAAUAAUAAUAACGAUAUUUGAUGAAAGAAAUGACACACUACUGGUUCAUCGGUUGAAAGCGUAGUGGUGAUUUGAAUUGAAUAAUGAACAAUUGGUUGAGGAAUAAAAAAAAAAUGAUACUGCUAGAAACGAUAAUGAGUAUCGAACAGGCAGACUAAUCUGUUUUAUAAUUUUAAGGCCGAAUACUAUAUAACGAAUAUCAGUUAUAUACUAUAGAGAGAAUAGUUUGUAAUAGUGAAUAGCUGAUUAGAGUAAUAAUACGUAUAAAACUUGGAUACAUUUUUUUUUUUUUCAUUUUUCUUUCGAUCAAUUGUAAAAAUAACGAUUGUCAAUGUUUGUUGCAAUUAUGUUCAAUUUGAAUUUUCUUAUUUCAUGUAACUAGCAUUCGCUUUAAUCACUAAUUCGCAAUGGGAAAGAUUGUUGAGACAAUGUUUGUAAUGAUUAUUGAUGGAUUAUAUAAUUUUAUUUUCUUAGUGAAUGUCUCGAUAGAGGGAAAAAAACUUAAAUGAUGCUUUCAAAAGUCGCUUCAUGGCAUAAUUGAAAAACAAAUGUGGUGCAGCUUAUUUCGAAUCAAAGAGGAGAAAAUGUCAAUUGGCUUGAGUCGGAUGGUCUUUAAAAUCUACGAUUUUUUAAAAUAUACUCGACUCGCGACAACAGGGUUUUCUUUUUUUUUCACAUCACGAUACAUCUCAGUCAGUAAUUAGCAUAAAUCAAAAUUCUCUUAAUUAACUCUUCCUCAGUCGCUCUAGCGAUGUAGAUUUCUUGUUUCCAUUAGAAUUGAAAAUAAUGUCCAUUUGUAAAGUAACCUUUACUGUAAAACUGUUAUGUUAUAUUUCUCUCUGAACAUAACUACGGUCAUAACCUGCUACAGUAUUUCAUUAGAUAAAAUUUAUUUACCAAUUUUUCAAUACAUUUUAUUCAGUUGACUAAAAAUGUUAAAUCAGUUUGAAUGCAAAAAACCGAAUGAACAAAAAUCUCAAGUGAAUUUAUUAUUGUGAUUUAGUGGGCACCUGAAGCAGCAAAGUGGAGUUCCAGUGGCUGAAUGACACGCUUUUUAUCCUUAAUUUUCACAUAUUUUUCUUCUAUUCGACAAGAGGAGUUUAUAUCACUAUUGAAAAAAAAAACAUGUGAAUAGUUACUAGUGGUAGGUCAGGGACUGCACUAUGUUCAAUAAAACCAGUCUCAUUUUCAUCUAUAUUUGUUAAUCACUCAUCGUCAGUCUCACGUUAUUAACUUCCACCUGUAAAUAUCUGUGAAUUUUUCUUAAUUAUCCAAUAAUGUUAAUAAAUCGUCUUCCUACAAUCGCAUAAGAUCCACCUGACCUGCCAAAUUCACGAAAAUAUGUUGAAUCCCGGGUUAUUCGUUUCUUUAUAUUUAUCGUAUGAAAAUGUUAACUUUUGAUUUAUCAGUCAGUGAUAUGAUGAUGAAUAUGAGACGACAAAGUAUUUGUCCUGUACAAUAUACUCAGUGAAUCAUGGAGAGAAUUGAAUUAUUUUCCCUGAAUAGCAAUUGGGAUGCUUAGACUAACAAAUGUUUUUUCUUCACCUCUUCAAUUAUUUCUGGGUCAACUAUAUUGUACAGCGUACAAACUCAGAUGUACCUAUGAUGAAGAAGAAAAAGAAAAAAAAACAAUUAGCCUAAGUUUAGAAUUAAUUGGAUUCUCUGGCAGUGUUUAAAUAUUUUUUAUUGGCAAGAGGCAAAGUUAUGAUAAAUGAUGUGAAUGAAUAAAGUAACGUAUGUGCAAGGAUUCCUUUGCAAGCACUAUCCAAGCUGAUUUAUUUUUGCGAUACCGAAAGUCGAUUUUUAUUCCUAGAAUUUCUAUGUAAAGAAUGAUAUAUAUAUAUUAUAAAUACAUUAUGACUAUUGUUCAUUUUCUUAUGUUGAUUGAUUGAGGCAAGUCUUGACUUACAACUGUACAUGUUAAUUGCAGCGAGAUGGUUAUUAAUUGGAGAUGAUUUAUCCAUUAGUCCAAGAACAUCAGUUAUUCACUGAUAAUAAAUCACUCCACAGUCUGUUCAGCUCUGUGUCCAACUAUACACGAUUGAAAUUUUUGUAUGAAAAAAAAUGAUAAUGAGAUGAACGUGUAACAUUUAGAUUUAUUUACUGUCGAUACGGAUAAUUAGGAGUUAUGAACGUACGUGUAUCAUACUAAUUACUUCGUGUGGAAGAGGUAACGGGGUUUGUUUGAGAGAUGUUACGUUAGGCGAGUGAAAGCAAGUAACAUACGAUAGCACACGAUAUAUAAGGAUUUAGAUAUUAAUAAAUAUGUCUCGAGGGACGUUUCAAUUUUUUAA